GGGCUACCAGGUCUUUGCCGAACGCGGAGCGUGUGCGAUGUGGCUCUGUCCUCCGGAACCAGAAAGAGAGAAAGGCAAAGCAUCCGAUGAGAAGCGAAAACUUCUGCGUGAGGGCAAAGCAUCCGACGAGAAGCGAAAACUGAAGGAGUCGGAGGAAGAGGAACCGCCAGAUGAGACGGAUCCAAACUUGACCGAGGAGGAGCAAAAAGCUCACAUUCGGCAGCGCACAUGCACAGAUGCGAUCUGUGUGCUUUUGUUUGUUUUGGCCAUGCUGGGCUUGUUCGAAGUGCUGCGCUAUGGUUGGGAACACGGAGACACCCGUCGCAUUUACUACGGUCUGAACUGGGAAGGUGAAGUUUGUGGCGUUGAUCCUGCUGUGCGGGCCAAACCAUUGCUCUAUUGGUGCACCAAGCCAGAUCAGACCCCCAUGAGCGAGGAUUCUCUCAACCAAAUCGGCAUCCCCACCGAGAUCACUGAUGGGUUGGGAAACUUGGUUUCCCUUGCGAACAAAGUCUUCGCACCGACCUCAAAUCUGGAUUUGCUUCACCCGAUUUGCCUAGAUGCAUGUCCUCUUGACCCUAGCACUUUUCACCCGUGCUUGCAGUAUGUUGAGACCGAGAAGCAAGCUGUGAAGAACUUCGAUGGUACUUUCUGGAAGAACUCAACCUUUGUCUCCCGGCUAGUGCAAGAUAUCAAGACAUUCACCUUUGCACAUCGCUAUUGCUUGCCACCGGACAAUUUCUUUGUUGAGACAGUGAAUCAGACCUUCCAGACGACCUCGACCCAGUUCUUGUACGGAGUCGCUGAGCUGGUGGAAGCGCGGAAGGUCUUUUUCAUUGCAGGAUGUCUUGCAGUAGUCGUCAGCUAUAUCUACAUGUUCACCAUUGACUGCUUGUCCUACCCAGUGGUCUACAGCUUUCUCUUCGUCUGUACGGCGGGUCCCAUGGUGACUUCACUCUACUUCCUCUAUGGCGCCUUCUACACAGAUUUUAGUGAUGCAAUCAAGGUGCAUGUGGGCUUUGAGGACUUCCUCUUGCCCACAGUGGUCACCACCAGCGACCGAAACUGGGACAUCGUCAUUGCCGUCGUCACCAUGUUGGUCGGCAUUGGGGUUGGUUGCUUCUGGUGUUGUAAGCAGCAGUCCAUCAACUUUGUCAUUGUGGCGAUCAAAGCCGCCAUCCGAGUGCUGUAUGAUGUCCCAACUCUCAUCCUCCUGCCGGCCGUCAAUACAGCUCUACGUGGUUGCGUGUUGGUGGUCGCCAUGUGGGGCUUUGCACUGAUGGUGUCGCUCGGUGAGGUCGCACCUUAUGAAGGCUUUCAGCCGGGUGGUCUUGUAAGGACUUUCAACCACACACAGGACGAACGGCUGUUGAUUCUCUACUAUAUUUUCGCUGCUGCAUGGAUCUACGAGCUUCUGCUGGCACUCCAGCAGUUUGUAGUGGCUUACACAGUGCUGAUUUGGUACAAUGCCCCUCUGGUGGAUGGUAAGAAGAAGGUGCCUUGCCUUCCAAUCAUCCGAGCGGUCUUCAUGGGCCUCACCUACCACUUGGGAAGUUUAGCCUUCGGGGCCGUCUUGUUGGCCUUCUUGCGAGUGGUCUAUGUGCUUGUGAAACUCUUUUACAAUCAGGCCAAACAGACCGAGGAUGACAACGCCAACGCGGUGGUCAAGACGGUGGCCGGCUGCUGUUGCUGUUGUCUGUCAUGCUUUGAGCAGGCCCUCAGAUACUUGAAUCAAGGAGCUUAUGUGAUGGUGGCCGUCAAUUCAGACGGAUAUUGUAAAGGCGCUGAUAGGGCUAUCUCCUUGGUGGCCCGCGACUUUGUGGCGAUCGGGGCUUUGGAAGGAUCGACCUUUAUCUUCCAGGCUUUGGGAAAUAUCGCCAUCCCUGGGUUGGGUGGAUACUUCACAUACCUUUUGGUCACACAGCUGGAGCAGUUUAGCACGCCGGGGGAGCCCGACUACAUCGCGCAGCCGAAGCUGAUUGCAGCGGCGGGAGGCUUGAUUUGCCUCGGUGUCUCGGUCUCCUUCAUGGCCAUCUUCGACACGGUCUCGGAUGCCAUGCUCUUCGCCUUCAUGACCGAUGAAGAUUGGAGGAGAGAGCAUCGGCUACCACCAAACCCCCACAUCCCUGAGAACUUGCAGUCGCUUCUCGACACAGCUAGCUGAGCUCUGGUGAGCUCAAUCAUCUCGAGAGAAACCCGUGGUCAUGGUCACUGAUUGUUUUACAAAAGCCGCAACUGGCAACCAGGAAACAACAGCGCUGUGGUUGUGCUCCAAGCGACCUGUACCGCGGUUGGUUCAAAAAGGCACGGCUGUAUGUAUGGUGUUCAAAGUAACUCUGCAGCAAACUGCCAGCAAAAAGCUGUGCAGCCUCCACUUUUCACGUGCCAAAAAGGACACAGUCUCACAUUUUGUGUCCUGGACAAGUUGAUGCUGGUGUUGAUGUUUAUUUCUGAGCAUAGCUCAGCUUCAUAAUAUAUAUAUAUAUUUACAUAUAUAGGGCCACCAGUCCUGGCAGUCACCUCAACCAGUUCCAG